AUGAUACCCGAGAUACCUCAAGAAAUCAUAUGCUCCAUUAUCGAAAGCUUUGAAUAUCCCAAGGACAUCGAUACCUGGAAGUCAUGUUCCCUCGUCUGCCACGCAUGGCGUCCCAUCGCUCAGCAGUGUAUUCACCGACACUACACCUAUCGCUCCGAAAAGAGUUUCGGAUCGUGUCUCCUAGGCGCAUCUGAGCCCCCUACCUUCGAAUCCAUGAUACCCUACCCUAAUAUCCUCCGCUACAUCCGAACAUUCAGAAUCCUUGGGACGUCCUACGGAUGCCUCUCGUCUCUGCCGCUCCUCCAAAGGGUCAUCACCCACCUUGCGCGAGUGGCGCACAUUGACAUAGGUUCAGUGAGCAUGGACCACCUGCCCUCAUCCUACGGUGGCAUCCCCGACCUCUUCCACCUUCCGACAAUCUCCUCCGUCCAUAUUUGUGAUUCUGUGUUGAGUCCUGUGGAUGCGGAGGCGUUGUUCCGGAAUUCAUCGUCAUUGAAACAUCUCAAGCUCACCCGUACGGAGUUCUUGGAGAACGACGUCCCGAAGUCGCAGAGAUUUCCGCAUCCGUCGUAUCUCCAGAGUUUGGAUAUUCAAUUGAGUAGCAAGUCCCUUGAUGCGUUUCAGAGUUGGGUUGUGCGCCCGGGUGGGAGUGUUUCCUUGGAUCGGUUGAAGGUGUUACGGCUUCGUGAUGCAACGGGGCCGCGUAUCAGAGAUUUGGGGUCACUCUUCGACGCUGUUAGGUUCUCUCUUGAGCGUUUGGAGUACGAACAAACGGCAAAGGGGAGUGUCAACUCGUUUGGUAAUGCAGAUGGUCAAUGGGAUGGGUUCCCCGAGAGCAUAGAGAAGCUGAAUCUGCGAUCCUUACGGGUAGCAGGUUACUUUUCUUCUGACAGUGCUGCGCAGAAAAUCUUGAGCUUCGUGAACCUCGCGACUAGACGGUCGACACGUCUAGAUUUCGUGGAACUUGAUCUUGUUGUCCUUCAUGCAGAGUAUAGUGACGCGUACAACUGGUUGGGAAUCGAGCAAGUACGAGGUGAAGUCCGGACAGUUGGUAAAGAAGUGUUGGUGGAACUGUUCAUGGUUACAGAGGGAUCUGAGUCCUGUAUCUGGGUGUCGAAGGAGGAUAAAAGGUUCUCGGGGAGUAUAAAAACACACCUAAAGCUCAAGGCUCUAUAG